UAGGGAGGGUAGACAGAUGGAAGGAAAGAAUCUCUGUUUGAGUCUUCUUCCCAAAAAAUAUUUUAGAUGUUAGAUUAAACCUUGGUGAAAUGAAGCAGUUAAUGAAACGAUGAUUGAGCAGUCUAAGACUAUUAUGCAAUUAUGUCAGAUGAUCAGUUCUGGGAAACUUGAAGGGGAAAGCGCAUGCUCAUAUCAGCCUGAAAUGCCAAUCAGCAGCUCUGAUCCCAUCCACCAUCGCUUUCAGCAUAAUGGAUGCAGUCUUUAACAUUACAAUAGUAAAUCGAAGGAUGCCUUAUGACAUCCUUUCAGUCAUAGGCUGAUAGGAUGGGAAUAAGAUGAAUAUUAGUCAUGAAUACCUGACAAAACACAAAAACCAUACAGGUUAUCGGGUGUGUUAAUAUUGUAGUUACAUUAGGUGCAAAUGGGAAAAUGCUUUUUGUUCUUCAACUGCAUUAAAUUCAUUUAAAGAAUUACAUAACUGAUUUUGUUUUGUAUUAAGAUGUCAGGAAAUAACUUACAUUGCAGUAAUUAUGCUACAGAAAUGGCAGUACAGUCUGAAAAUCUCUUACCAUCAGAACAGAAUGUGAUCCUAGGUUUUCUGAUUAUGAGGCAACUUCAUUUAUACAAUCAGUCAUAACGGUUUUCAAGGGCUUAGAUUUGUCCAUAUCAGAAUUUAGUUGGCAUUCUAGAACUCACAGAAGUAAUUCCAGAGUCUUUAUUUCUUAUGAAAGGAUAAUAUACACAUAUGAUACACAUUGUUAAAAAGUCCUCUCUGAAAGAAUUGGAACAACACCAGCAAUUCUAGAAUGAAGGCUCUCUUCAUUGAUGUGCAUUGUUAAAAUGUAAACUCCAGAAUUAGUAGUUAGCCUCUCCUAUAGAACAUGGAAACUGUUGGGUAAUAUAUGAACAGCUAUCAAAUGGUGUCAGCAGGAUGUGUUGCUAUGUAAUAGCUAUGGUCUUUGGCAUUGCUGAUGUUCUUCAUGCCUUUGCUAUUAUGGAAAAAGAAGAUGUGUUCAAAAAGUAUCCUUGCCCAGCUUUCUUGAUGUUUGAGAAUGCUGCUUACUUGGCUGAUAUGAGUUUUGAAUUACCCUGUAAGUGUAAGCCAGAGGAAAUAACUGCUGUAGUUUGGUACUUUCAAAAAAGCAUAGGCAGUCAGCAAACUAAGGUUUUGACAGAUUUUGAUGGCACUUUGAUAGUAGAUUCACGCCACAUCAAGGCAGGCAGUGACAUGCUUCGUCGUUUCAGCAUUAGGAUGUUCAGUCUCAUUGUCUUCCGGAUUCAAGUGGAAGAUUCAGGGCAUUAUAUCUGUGGUACAAAGAAAGGGGAUUUCUUCUAUGGUUAUGAUAUAGAUGUACAGCCUUCAAGGAGAAUAGCUGUUGCCUUUGCAGAUGAGGGACAGCAUCCACAGAAUGACCUCCAUGAAACAAAUUUCACGGUCCUCACGAUUUUCUGGGACUGGACUAAAUGCAACCGCUGUGAUGUCAGGGGUGAACAACGGAGAAUUGGGCUUUGCUAUGUAAAGAGUUCUUCUCUAUUUAGGCGGUACCAUACCACUAUAGAAGAGGUGGCAUCUUGUGGCUCAAAGUCAAUCCCAAAGAAUUUAUUUUAUGGUAUUCAGAUGAGAAAGCCUGAAGUUGUAAUACGAAGUUGCAUGGUAUCUUGUAAGGGGAAGACACCUUCAAAUGAAGGAGAAGCACCCAUUUCAAAUAUUAUCUCAAAGCUUGGAGAAAAACCUUGGGUUUCCAACAUCCCUAUUCAAUUUCACAAGCAGUCCCUUGGCAGAGGAUUGAUCAUUACCUGCCCUGGUGCUAGGCCAGAGCAUGCUGUUGCCUGGGAUAAAGAUUCAACACGAUUAUAUCUCAGUAGGUUUCUCACUGGGGUUAACAAGACCAUGAGGGUCUUCAUUGACCAUGGAAAUCACCUCCACAUUCGUUUUACCCAGAAGAAUGACAAAGGUAUUUAUUACUGCUGGCGAGAAGGAGAAAUAGUUGCUGGAUUCCGGCUAUCUGUAGUAUAUGAAAGUCGCCACAGACGAAGCUUUUAUGAUCCUGAAAGUCAGUAUGCUAUUAAGGCUAUUAUCACAAGCUAUGUGCUCAUUACUAUCUUCUUUAUCAUCAUUCACAUUGUUCGCUGUUGCCUCUAUGUGUUUAAAUGUACAGAUAUGGAAUAGCAUCUCAAGAAAAUGACUAUAAUGGCCUAAUAAGUGAUGAUGAUGCUUUGUCUCACAACUAAUUUGAUAAUUAAUUGAGUAACUGUUUCUUUAUCAAUUAAGUAUUUUAGUUUGUAUAAUUCUCAUUGAAGAUAAAUUUUAGUCAAUCAGCUCUCUUAAAUAUGAGAGCUAAUAUACAAUGAAUAGGCAACUGUUAACAGAAGGCAGGGACACUAAUAUGUUUUCAUUAAAUAUGGCUAUAUGAAAGUUUUUUUACUGUACAAUUCUCUGCCUUAAUAAUACCCCAACUGGUAAACUAAUUUAAAAUACAUAUGUAUUGUGAAAAAUCCAGAAAAAUAGUUAACUGAGCAUUUUCAGUCUGAGAUUCCUGUUGCUGAACUAGUACAGGUUGAAAUAUACCUGAACAAUAUAUCACAAAUCUGUAGCAGUCACACCUAGAGCAAUUACUCUGUUGACAGUCGAAAGUAAAUGGGUAAUUCAUUUCUUACCCAGUUUAAUUCAUGUAAAAACAAGCAAUUGAUUUUGUGCAUCUUUUAUCUUAAGAGAAACAUGUAUUUUGUUUAUGUACAUGUUUUUAUAAUUGUUUUUGUUUCUUGGUAAGCCACUAUGAGAAUUCUUUGGAGAAUAUCAAAUAAAGAAACAGAAUAAGCAGUGAAAAACUAAAGCAAUUUUUUGAUGUAAUGUUUAAUUGUAAAAGAAAUAUAAUAAUAAACGUUUGCAAUUUUAAACAA